AUGUCUUUUGAAGUAACUGAAAUAGAGAUAAGCAAUAAUUUGUCUCUCGAAUUGAAUGACCUUGAUACCAAUAUGUCUGUUAAAGUAAUAGAAUUAGAAUCAGCAGUUAACAUGUCAUUCGAAUUAGCUAAUUCAGAAUUAACAGAAACUGCAUUAACAACUUCUGUACCUGCACAAGAUCUCUUAGUCAGAGAACGUUCUUCAUCAAAACUGGGACAAAGCCCUAUGCCUCAAGAUGCCGAAAACACAGAAACUGCAUGUGAUCAUAGAAACCAUCUUAAAAGAGAAGCUUAUGCAUGUCGAAAAUCCACUCUUAUCAGUUUACAACUUGAACAGCGACGUUUGCAACGCCGAAAUGCCUAUACACAACGAACAGAAACUGAAUCAACUGAAAAAGCUGAAGAACGAAGAUCAAAGCACCGAAAAUUAAAUACACUUGCUUCUAAUAGUGCCCAAACUGAACAUUAUGAUAGUGGAUCUCUUCUACCUAACGAAUCUGCUAAACCCAAGUUUUGCCAAAUUUAUCUAUAUGAUACAGAACAACAGCAUCAACGUAGACAGCGUAUUAUGCCCGAUUUGGACCCUUCUACACUUUCUGGGCUACAAGCAAUGCUACAUGAA